AUGUGUUGUCUCACAGCUGACGAAUAUGAGGAUCUGAAGGCGUCGAAGUUAGGAGUGUUCAUCAAAUUCAAGGAGCUUGACUUUGGUUGGACUUCAAGGCUGGUACAUUUUUUGCUCUGUUUCCAGCUGGACAUCAAGAAGAAGUUUGAGCUCUGGAGUCUUGUCGUUUCACAACCUGUGAGGUUUUCACUGAUAGAGUUUGAACACCUCACUGGGCUGAACUGCGAUUACAUCAAGGACCUGGAAAAUCCAUUGUGUGAGGUUACGUCGGAGAUGGCUGCUUUCUGGGAGAAGAUGCGUGUUGAUAUCGAUACUGGGCCAAGUAUUGAACAGAUAACAGAAGCAUUUUACAAUUGCGACGAGUGGUCUCCGGAUGAUCGCAUGCGGCUGGGAUACCUUGCCAUCUACACAGGAUACAUCGAAGGGAAAAAGUUCUCAUCCGCUACAUCAGCUAGUCUUGCAAGGCUAGUGCUGAUGGAUUCUCUGAAGGCAAAAGACUUGACGCAAACUGGUUACACUGUUGAUGGGUUCAUACAAGUGCUCCAAGUGUGGGCGUACUAUGCUAUGCCAGAAUUGGGUGCUAAUUAUGGGUCUCCCAUACCAAACAGACCGUCUCCACUGUUGCUAGCUUACAUGGGUGGCAAAAGACAACGCAAAUGUUUUAAGGCUGCUAUCAAUAAACAGACUAUCGUGAAGAACUUCGUUCAGAAGGAUUUUGAUGAAAUGUUUCCAAAAUGGGACGGAGACGUAGAUGACCCUGCCGCGGAUAACAUAAUUAAAGUCAUGUUUAAUGAUCCUGGAUGGGAGUGGACCAUGGAAUGCUGGCCAGUCACCGGUACUCGCAAGAUUGUGAAGAUGGAAGUGAGUCCAGUGAAGAAUGAAGUGAGUCCCGUGAAGUCAGAGAGUGUUGUGAAGGAAGAAAGUAGCAGACCUCGGAAGAAAGCUCGUAAAGGGUCUUCUGUUUCUGCUGAGACACCUGCGGCGGGUAGUGAAGGGAUGACGCAUCAGCAGAUUGAAAAGUCCUUGAAGGACAUAUCUGAUGCCAUUAAUCUUGGCUUUGGGACGUGCCUUAAGGAGCUCAAGUUACUGGCGGAUAGGAUGGUAGCUGUGGAGAAGAAGGUGGGAAUCACCAACAGAGGGGGUUCAUCUGAUGAUCGUCAACUUACAACCACUUCAAAUCCACCAAAACCUGCUGACGAACCCGGGAGUGAAAGUGUGAAUGGGGCGAAAGCAGGACGGAAGGAAGCCAAAGAACCGAGUCUUACUACAGAACCGAGUUCCUCGAGAGAGCUCUGUCUUGUGAGUCCUGCAGACGACUUACCGAGUGAUGAUCCUAGCCUUCUUAUAUUGGACAAACAAGUUCCCACCGCUUCAGAUUUACUCGUUGAAGAAGCUAGAAGGCAGACAAAGAAGGAGACUGCUUUGGUGAAUCUCCGUAAAAAAAGUGUGCGAGAAAGGAAGCUUGCUCCCACACAGCAAACUCCUUUUAAGGGAAACAGCACUGCCAAACAGAUCAUUCCAAACAAACAGGUUGGCGGAGGCUAUGAUCCUUUUGGACCCUAUGACAAGAUGAAGUCGAAGGAGCUCACUGCAUGGCAAAUGGAUGCUUUUAUUAAUUUACUGAGGCAACGGUACCAAAACCAUCCAGAACAUUUCAGGAGCGACAGAAUGUGCUUUCUUGAUCAUAUAUUUUCUCGGCAGUGGAGGGCCUCCUACCCUGAUUUUAAGAGCGACACUCCUGAUGCCAACGGUUUAGGAAGAAGACUCCCUGGUGGGGCGUGGAAUUAUCAUCCAGGCAUGAUACCUUGUUUUUGCCAAUCUAAGAAGGUUUGGGGGGUGGAUGUGGAUGAUAUCUAUGCACCUGUGAACUUCAAGAACCAGCAUUGGAUUGCUAUAUGGAUAUUGAUCCCUAAGAGGCACAUCGUCGUCUAG